UCCCGCGGCUUAUUACAACGAUAGCAUUGUUUCUCCCCAGUCUCUGUUUGGCUGCGCAAGCAACGGUGCUGACGGUGUGACAAAAUAUUGUACCUCACAUACCUAACCACAAAUUGUUGACCGCCUGCGCUCCUGGGUCGGCUCGCGUCGCAACACCAUUGUUCCUCGGGCUUACUUCAACCGUCCGUGACACGGGCGAAAACCGCAUGAGUCACGCACGCAAAGCUCUAUCCCGAAUGUAUUAUUGUUCUUCGAACCCACGGACAUGCGGAUUGCGGCAAGACCAUUCGCCGCCCGGAAUGCCAAACUGGCGGCCCUCGCCAAACGUGCCGUCAAGUUCAUCUCGCCCAACAUUCACGAGCUGGCCGAAAUUGCGAAGGCCCUACACUAUCCCGGUCCAGCUCCGCGCAAGCUAAUGGAUGAGUACGCGACGCUCGGCGAGCUGCUGGCAGACGUUAAACCGCUCGGCCUGUUUGUGAAUAAAACCAUCGAUCAUGUGCUGGUAACACUGGGCCAUCAUGGCGUUGCCGUGUUUCGUCGCACCGCGGCCACGGUGCCAUUUUUCAACCCGUCCCACCAAUACGCCCCAGUGCCGGAAGGUGGUGGCGGUUCUGGGCGUUUCUAUCCGGCUCCGAAGCUAGCCCAAAUCGUGAACGUUUCCGGUGCGGGCGAUAGCUUCACGAGCGGAUUCAUUGUGGCCGCCCUUGCCAGUCGCACGGAGCCGGUGUGCGUGAAUGUGGCCCUGGAGGCGGCCGGGUGCGCUUUGCAGGCGCGCAGUGCCGUCGCGGACCAAUACUUUGACCGCACGCAUCCUUGCUGGGCAAAUGAGGCGGGAGCUCCCUAUCGUUCGCUUGACUAAUACUUUGGUGGGUGGGAGAUGUGGCUUGGCUUUUUUUUGUACCGUGCGUUACGAGCCAUGCCGACAAAAGUAGGUCAAAAUUUUAACGACAUGAAAACGACCACCAGUAAGAGAGUGGGAUAGUAUGAAGACUAUGGACAUAUUACACUAAAGGUAGGUGUAGGAAAUUACCACAACGUAGCGACUGUAUUUUUCGGCCGCUGUGAGCUACGGCAAGGCCAAAUACAGUACUGCACUAUUCUGCAAACAUCUACAAGCUUCCGAUAUAAGAACGAUUCUAUUAAGUUCUAUCGUUUCUUAAUUUAGAUGAAAUGGAGAGAAAAAAAACCCCGUACAAAGCAUUUUAAAAUCACAAAGCAAGUGGCAUUUUCACACGUCGUUGCAUUCUUAUGCGCUGGGAACUGAUCGCGGGAAUGAUCAACUGAUCAUUGGCGGAAUGAAAAUGCACACCAAUGCCGCCCCUAUGGCAAUAAAAAAACCUGUAACACACACUACCUUCCCGCGACAUUCAGACAAUGUUUAUCUUAAUAUGUUAGAUUUUAAAUAGCAAGUGGGGAAGAAAAGCUUUUAUCAAUUCCUGUCGUAUGCAUUGCACCGCCGCCUUUAACCUGUUCAGCAAACAGUAACAACACUUCGCUGUCUACCUCCGAUUGCCGGACGGGCGCGUAUUUUAUAAGUAGAUUCUAAAGGAAGUAUGCUAAUUUACUCUUAAAUAAAAUGUUUCGUAGCUUGUUAAAUGCUUUCGAGCUGCAA